AAUCAGUGUGCUUAAGUUUUGUUCCUGUUCGUGCUGCUAUUUCACAACAAGUUGUAUUAAACUCGGUUGCUUCGUAUAAAGUAUAUUUUUGAAAUAAAUAUGUCUUUCAUUAAAAAAUCCUCGCGUCUUCUGCAAUCUCAGCUGCGUCGAGUGCAGAGCGUGCCAAUUGCUUUGUACCAUGAAAAUGUAGUCGAGCACUACGAGAACCCACGAAACGUGGGCUCGUUGGACAAGAAGGACGUAAGCGUUGGCACUGGACUAGUGGGUGCACCUGCCUGUGGGGAUGUUAUGAAACUGCAGAUCAAAGUCGAUAAAAAUGGCAAAAUCAUUGAUGCCAAGUUUAAGACAUUUGGCUGCGGCUCGGCCAUCGCCAGCAGCUCGCUGGCCACGGAGUGGGUAAAGGGAAAAUCCAUCGAUGAGGCGGGCAAGCUAAAGAAUACAGAUAUUGCCAAGGAGCUGCGUCUGCCGCCUGUCAAGUUGCAUUGCUCAAUGCUCGCUGAGGACGCCAUCAAAGCUGCCCUAGCGGACUACAAAGUCAAGCAGCAGAAGAAUGAGGCGAACUAAAAAUAUAUACUCAAGUUACAUACAAAUAUUAGCUAUGAUAACCAACUAAGAGUUAUCAAUAUUAGAAAAAACUAUAUACAUAUAUACAAUUAUUUUGCAUUGACUUUUAGAUUAUUAGAAAUGUGGCUGUUUUGUGAGAUUUGGGAUGCAGGAACUGAACAAUAAGGAGUAGCUGGAACUGAUCCUAAUUGAACGAUCUGUGAAUGUGUGUGAGUGCGCUUUGGAAUAACUGGAUCCCAUCUGAACGAUCAUUGAAUAUGUGUUUGCUUAGAGGGUAGCUGACUACUAUUAGCUACUUAUCUAUAUUUUUUUUUGUGAAUGGACAAUAUGCUUGCUGCGUGAAUGAAGGCCAAUUAAAAUUUGUAGCUGUGCGAAAUUCAAGCUUAAUCAAUAAUCAAUUAAAUGUUUUAAACGAUCUGAA